AUGGAGAACCUGAAGGAAUCGCUACCUCCUGGCCUCGCAGAUGCAGCCGUCAACAUUCCCGGCUUCGGUGCUAUUAUCCAGCUGGUCCUCAACAAAAUUGGUUUUGAUGUUGGCAGCACGAUGUCUCUAUACCUUUUAUUAUUCGGCAUCUUUCAAGGAGCUAUGUUCUUAUACAAUAGGGGGCGUGGAUGGAUGCAAGAUUAUGGCACCUCCGCCAUCCGGAUAGACGACGAUGAUGAUUUAUACCCCCAGUUCAUAUCCUGGAUAUCAGAACAACGCAUGACAGAAGUCAGCAGAGACUUGAAAGCUACCUCAAGGAAGCCAAAGACGCGAUAUAGUGCAGACUCUGAUGACGAACCCGAAUCGGAUGAUGAAGACGUCUUGGACGAGUCUGGCAUCUUUAAUUACGACAAGUACAAAGGUACCAGUCCAGUGUAUUACGAGCCUAAUCUUGGUGACGACAGCUUCACCCACAAUGGCCAUUAUUUCCAGUUCAGGAAGGAUUCGCAAGAGAACAAAUACGCCGAACGGAUUGAGUACUUUGUCAUUAUCCGUUGCAUAGGUCGCAGCACGAAGCCCGUGAAGGACCUUAUAGAUCACGUCAAAGAAUGGUCAGCGCACAAGAACAACAGCACGACUGAAAUUAUGCGAGCGGAGAUCAAACACGGUGGUUACUGGUCUACCCAGUCCAGCCGACCUUCACGACCUAUUAGCACAGUGACCUUGGAUGAAACGCAGAAGGACAAAGUCGUUGCAGACAUUAACGAAUACCUCCAUCCAGCUACGGCUCGGUGGUACGCCGCCCGCGGUAUUCCCCACAGACGAGGAUACCUAUUCCACGGACCGCCCGGUACCGGCAAAACAUCCUUGAGCUUUGCAGUGGCUGGAAUUUUUGGACUUAGCGUCUACUGCGCUUCUUUGAGUGAGCGUGAUAUGACCGAGUCGGAUCUAGCUACGCUGUUCAGCCAGCUGCCAAAUCGGUGCAUCGUUUUAUUAGAAGACAUCGACAGCGCGGGCAUCCGCCGAGACAAGUCUUCUGAGAUAUCAGCACCAGAUCGCGUCUCGGAGGUGGAAGAGGAAGCCAAGUCAGCUACUGAAGCGAAGGACACCGUGGCAGAGAAGGAGGAGAAUGUUGAGAGCAAAGAUGAGAGGAAGAUCGAGGAAAAGCAAAAGUCCAUCACCGAUAUUGAGAAGAAGAAGUCCUUCCGCCGAAGAUUUACCCAGACGUUACGCCCACGGAAAAUAACCAAACCAGAUAGCGAAACCACCACGCUCGUCACAGACGAUGCAGCAUCAUCCGUCCGAGCACCCAGCAUAAAAUCGCCCAGCAUCAAAGCACCCAGCGUGAAGCCCUCACCUCCCCCUCCUCCACCACCAGUACCUUCUCCCACCGACGAAGAAGGCAGUAAAAGUAAGAUCUCCCUCGCCGGCCUCCUCAACAUCAUCGACGGCGCCGCCUCCAGCGAAGGUCGAGUCUUGAUAAUGACAACAAACUACCCCGAAAAGCUCGACUCAGCACUCAUCCGCCCCGGCCGGGUAGACCUACAGAUCAAGUUUACAUUGGCAACCAAUGCGCAGAUACAAGAAAUCUUCCGUCGCAUGUACAGUCGAGAGGAGGACCUAGCUACGCAAGCACAGAAGAAGAGCGAUGACGAGAAAGCCAAACCUCCUUCCAAAACGAAGAAGAGGAAAGCUAGGCCGUCAAGUGGCACCUCGCCUCUCACUAGCGGUGUCUUGCCGGCAAAGCCCAACUUCGCGACGCUACCGCCAGAAAAGCUGGCGGAGAUGGCGAAGCAGUUCGCGGAAGCGCUUCCAGAGGGUGUGUUUUCACCGGCGGAGAUUCAAGGGUAUCUUUUGCAGAAGAAGGCGGAUCCGGAGGGUGCGCUGGAGGGGGUUAAGGAGUGGAGGGACGCGGUGCUUGAGGCGAAGAAGAAGGGGAAAAAGGUUGUUGAGUUGAAGUAG